CAAAAAUAUGCUGAGGUUAAUUGAUCAUUCUAAAUUGCCCGUAGGUGUGAAUGUGAGAGUGAUUGUUUGUCUUUGUAUGUAGCCCUGUGACAGACUGGUGACCUGUCUAGGGUGUCCCCUGCCUUCACCUGAGUCAGCUGGGAUAAACUCUAUCAUCUUGUUGUUUUUCUGCUCGUGGUACUGUUCUUCUUUGUUAGGUUUAACAUUAUCUGCGUUGAGCAAAAGGGUGACCUUAAGUUUAGUACAUCCUAUUCACUGCUGUCACACCCACCCUGCAAAAUUAGAACUGUUAUAUGAUGGCGUGAGAAGACACUGCUUCACCUUAUCCGGUUUUUACUUUUAAUGGCCAGGCCUUUUCAAUUGGAUGAAAGCGUCACCCGUACAUGUGAAACGAUGUUUUCAGAUAGAUGUAUCCUUUUUCUCCCUCAGCUCCUUAGAGCUCAGAAACCUGAAGCUAAACAUGAGAUUUAGCAUGAACAUUGUGCACAGUGAGAACACAGGGAGUGGCCUUUAUCUGAGGAGAACAAAAGAUGGAGUUGGGUCUGGUUCAUCGCCGGUGGCUUUGCAGAUAGUAUAUACUGUGUUACAUCUGUUUUCCAAGUCAGAGAUGAUAGUUGGAUUCGAGAUGAGAGUGCUAGUAGCAUUUCUCCUGGCGGCACUGAGCUGCAGUCCGGCUGGAGCUCGAACUGUGUCGAAAUGUGAACUGAGGAGUCGACUGAUGCAAACACUGGCCAACCUGCCGGAGAAGGCAAAGCAGUCAGGACUGACUGAAGAGAAGAUUGCGGCCAAGAUCGUCCGGUAUGCAGAGCGGGUGUCACAUUUUAACACCAAUGAGGUACAUGAGCUGGGAGACCUUCACAGUCGGGAGAAGAGGGAUGUUCCCAGUAGAGGCUUGUUCAGCAUGGCUGAGGAUGACCGCCGUUUGAGGACUGCCCAGCCCCACACCAGAGAACAACAACAUGCAAGGCCACCUCCAUCACAGAAUCACACCACAUCCCACCCCCACAUUCCAUGGAGUGAGGAGGGGGACAAUGACGUCUGUAAGCUCUAUGGCCUUUUCCAGCUCUGCAGUCACCUGGUCUGCAGCGACGGCUCGACUCCAUCACACAACAUCUGUGAGAUGGACUGCAUCAAAUUGGUUGAUGAUGACAUUUCUGAUGAUGUGUGGUGCCUGCUGAAGAUCUUCACCAAUCUAGUAGAAAACGGCUUCAGUGCACCCAACUUUAAGGAGUCAGGACGAGUGAUCAGACUCAUUUUGCAGGAGGAGCACAAAGAUAAGACAACCUCCAAUUACUUUGCAGAUUGCUCAUGAAAAAGUAAUUUUGUGCCUUAUCUGUCUUAUCUGUCAUUGGAACGAUGAUUCUCCUGUCUAAUGAGCUGGUGUUUAUGACAAUAACAUAAUAAAACAUGUUUUACCAAAUGUUAAA